ACAUCACUGGGUCUCGUAACUAAAAAACAGGUCGAAGUACGUUGGUUCUUGUUAGCGAACAAAAUACUUUUGGGGGAAAACAUAUAAAUUACAGGAAGAUUGUUUUAUUUCAAUGAAAUCAGCUAUGAGGAUGUCUGUACAUCUUUUCGUGUCCGUUUCUCUGUUUGUAUCUUUAACGGAGUCUUUAACUUACGGAGCAGUUUCCAUGAACAAGUACUUAUCGGAAAGUGUUUGCUGGAACGAUUAUGGCACUGUGCUGAGGAAUUUCUAUAAAAUACGUGACAAAAGAGCUUGCGGCACGAAAUGUACCGAAAAUAACGAAUGUAAUUCCUUCCUGUACAACAAAAAUGCGGGAUGGUGCAGAAUCAACUCCGAUGUAUUCGUGAACAGGACCAGCACCGGAUGCAAUCGUUUGGUGGACUACGCCGAGAUCACAACGGUGCAUACGAUAAGACAUGCCAAGCCGCCAAAACACUGUGGACCAGUUCCCUCUAUCCCGUCCAUCAUCGUGGACAACACCAGCGGUAAUUACAGUGUAGGUGCACAGUUUCCUUACAGUUGUACCCUGUGUACAAGCUUCCCACCCCUCGGCUCACCCGGGGUUCUCGAAUGCGAUACUGACGGAAGAUGGGUUAUACCCCCUGUUUUGUGUGUUCAUGGUGCUGAUAUUGGCUUCUUGCAGGAUGGAAGUCCAAUACCAGUUGAUGCAAUAGGCUGUGGCUCCGUGACCAAUGACACAUGUUACUAUUCCUCACUUCCGUCGGGACUUCAAUACGACGGUGAUAUCGGCAACUGUUACUGCGAUGAGACGUGCUGUGGUAACGGUGACUGCUGUUACGACACGUCCUGUUACCAAGAUCCCAAAUAAAGGAAUAGGCGAAAGGCGAUAAAGUGACACCUUGCGGCAGUGUUUGUUAGUAGUGAUUUUCAUAAGUUUUCAAAUAUUGAGCAUAGUUUUUAAACUAGAUAUUGGAUGGUUUUCGAUAAUUACAUUUUACAUUUGUGUAAAUGCGUAACACAAAUAAAAGUGACUUUUUUUAUGUAUAAAUUGUUGAAACAUGAAUUUAAACUUGAAAACAUUGUCAGAAUACUAUCAAUUAUACAGAGAAAUUUAGAAAAAAUAACUACAGCCACAAACUACGUAAUUGUAGUAGAUAUACAAAAUGUCCUCUAUGUCAACUUACUAUUGGAGAUGAAUAUCAUUUUCCCAAGAAUGUACAUUUUUGUCAUCUUUUAGAAAAAAAAAUAUCAGACCAAUAUAUUAUAACAGACCUAAAGAGUUUUACAUAUGACUCGCAAUAUAAUACAAUAAAAAUAUACAGAACAGUGUAGUCAUAUGUAUUGUAUAUCGGUUUUCAUUUUGUGAACAUAUUUGAGAAUAUUCAAAGCCCUAAAUACAACUUUAUAUAUCAAUAACAGUGCGCUUAAUUGUUUUAUAAAAAUGCAAAAUACUUAAGUAUAUUCCACUGACAUGAUAUGUUUUCCAGAAUAGUCUUUAGAAUUAAACAUACAGUGCUCCUCGUCUUUGUUAACCGAGUGUUGUGAAAACUUUUUAAUCCUUUUUAUUUUCUGUUACAUCGGGAAUAAAACAACGAAUUUUACUUAGUCUCUGUAAAUAACAUCAAGUGCAGUUUAUUCAGGUUUCAGCAAAAGCAAAGUGCGGUAAGUCCU